AGAUUGCUCGGUUAAAUGUACCGAAUGAACUUUCAUUUCCCCACUAUCUGGGAAGACAUCCUUGAUUUCCUACAAAUACUGGGUGUAGAACUUACUUGUGCAUACGAGGCUCUGCCUCUGGGCUUUCUAUUCUGUUCCAGAGAUCCAGUACCAGAAUAUUUAAAUCACUGUGUCGUUAAACACGUUUUAAUAUCUGAUAGGGCCAGUUUCUGCGCAUUGCACAUUUUUUUUUUUCCUUUCAGGAACGUGUUCGGGCCCGCGGCAGGGGGCGGGGUCGCGCCUCCUCCGCGGCUCCGGUUCCAGCCGAGCCUCACCGCCUCGGAGAUGGAAAGCCCAAGGCUGCUCCCGCCUCGUGGGACACGACAGAGUGGUGGUGCUGGCAGCCCCGCGGGCGGCAGCCGGUUCCACGGCGGCCCUGACCCGCGGGCUGGCCAGGUCCCCGCGCGCCGCCUCCUGCUGCUCCGGGGCCCCCAAGAUGGCGGGUCCGGGAGGCGGCGCGAGGAGGCCCGCGCGGCCUCACGGGGCCCGGGCCUGAGCCCGUUGGCGCCCAGGUCGGAUUAUGCUAGUGGCGGCGACAGCGAUGACUUCUUCCUGGUGCUGCUGGACCCGGUGGGUGGCGAUGUGGAGACCGCGGGCGAUGGCCAGGCCGCAGGGCCUGUAUGGAGGGAGGAGGCCGAGUCGGUCCCACAGCUGCAGCAGGGUGAGAGUGGCGCGAAUCCCGCGGGCCGCCAGGCGCUAGGCCCCCGCUGCCUGUCUGCAGUCCCCGCCCCAGCCCCGGCCCAGAACCCGAUCCCCGCCCCAAGUCUGGCACCCGCCGCGGCCUUCACGGGCACCGUCACCAUCCACAACCAAAACCUGCUCUUGCGCUUCGAGAACGGUGUCCUCACCCUGGCCACACCCCCGCCGCCAGCCUGGGAGCCUGAAGUCGCGCCUGCCCCUCAGCCUGGGGGUCUGAUGGCUCCGCAAGCGGGGGUCCAGCCCAACGACUGCCCUGAGCUGCCGCCCGACCUCCUGCUGGCCGAGCCGGCUGAACCGGCGCCGGCCCCAGCGCCUGAGGAGGAGGCAGAGGGCCGGGCCGCAGCCGAGAGUCCCCGCAGGCCGCUGGGCCCGGGCCCGGGCGUGGUGCUGUACCUGUGUCCCGAGGCGCAGUGCGGACAGACCUUCGCCAAGAAGCACCAGCUGAAGGUGCACCUGCUGACUCACAGCAGCAGCCAGGGCCAGCGGCCCUUCAAGUGCCCCCUGGGCGGCUGUGGAUGGACUUUCACCACCUCCUACAAGCUCAAGAGGCACCUGCAGUCGCACGACAAACUGCGGCCCUUUGGUUGCCCUGCGGAGGGCUGUGGCAAGAGCUUCACCACGGUGUAUAACCUCAAGGCGCACAUGAAGGGCCAUGAGCAGGAGAACUCGUUCAAAUGCGAGGUGUGCGAGGAGAGCUUCCCCACUCAGGCCAAACUCAGCGCCCACCAGCGCAGCCAUUUCGAACCUGAGAGGCCAUACCAGUGCGCAUUUUCCGGCUGCAAGAAGACGUUUAUCACAGUGAGUGCCCUGUUUUCCCAUAACCGUGCCCAUUUCAGGGAACAGGAACUCUUUUCCUGCUCUUUUCCAGGCUGUAGCAAACAGUACGACAAGGCUUGUCGCCUGAAAAUUCACCUGCGGAGCCACACAGGUGAGAGACCUUUCCUUUGUGACUUUGACGGCUGUGGCUGGAACUUCACCAGCAUGUCCAAACUCUUGAGGCACAAAAGGAAGCACGAGGAUGACCGGAGGUUCAUGUGCCCUGUGGAAGGCUGUGGGAAAUCUUUCACAAGGGCUGAGCAUCUGAAAGGCCACAGCAUAACCCACCUGGGCACAAAGCCUUUUGUGUGCCCUGUGGAAGGCUGCUGUGCCAGGUUCUCUGCUCGCAGUAGUCUCUACAUUCACUCCAAGAAACACUUGCAGGACGUGGACACCUGGAAAAGCCGCUGCCCAGUCUCUACUUGUAAUAAGCUCUUCACAUCCAAGCACAGCAUGAAGACCCACUUGGCCAAAAGGCACAACCUUGGCCAGGAUCUCUUAGCUCAGCUAGAAGCUGCAAAUUCUCUUACGCCCAGCAGUGAACUUACCAGCCAGGGACAGAAUGACCUCAGUGAUGCAGAGCUAGUGUCUCUCUCCUCUGAUGUGCCUGGCAGUAGCUCCGCUGCAGUGCUGGACACAGCAUUGGCAAACUCUGGAAUCUUGACUAUUGAUGUGGCUUCUGUGAGUUCAACUCUGGCAGGGAGCCUCCCUGCUAAUAAUAAUAAUUCAUUAGGGCAGGCUGUGGACCCUCGGGCCUUGAUGGCCACCAGUGACCUUCCUCAGAGUCUGGAUACCUCUCUCUUUUUUGGAACGACAGCCUCUGGUUUUCAGCAGAGUCCCUUAGAUAUGGAUGAUGUCUCAAAUCUAAGUGUGGGGCCAUUGGUAUCUCUGGGCUCUUUGGCUAUGAAAAACUCGAGUCAAGAGCCCCAGGCUUUGACCCCCAGCAGUAAGCUUACAGUGGACACAGAUGCUCUGACUCCUUCAAGCACCCUUUGUGAAAACAGUGUCUCGGAACUACUGACGCCAACCAAAGCAGAAUGGAAUGUACAUCCUGACUCUGACUUCUUUGGACAGGAGGAAGAGACCCAGUUUGGAUUCUCCAGUCCAGCAGGAAACCAUGGUUCUCAGAAAGAAACAGAUCUUAUCACAGUGACUGGCAGCUCAUUUUUGGUAUGAACUAACUAUUAAUUCCUUGCCACGUGGCUUAUUCUUAUGAAUUACACUCCAUUUUAAGGAUAUUCUGGACUAAAUGUUUAAAUCCAGUAGUCAUUUCUUAUAGGUUUGAAAAAGAACAAAGCCCUGGGCUACAAGUCUGGAGAUUUAAAUUAUGAUCUUGACUCUGGAACUGUCGAGUUGUGUGACCCUGAGCAAGUCACUUAAUCUAUCUGAGCCUUAAUUUCCUUAUUUAUAAAAUGAGGUGGUUUGAAUUGAUUGUUUCUAAGGUCUUUUUAACUCUGUAUUUAAUGAUUUUGAGUUCUUUCUUGAAAAUUUUAGGAAAUCUUACCAUGAUUUACUAUUGCAUGUGCUUCUAAUAUAAUGAAAAUGCAUUGAGAGUUAAUGAUCAGAGAUUGUGGAAAUGGUGUUUAACUUUAAAAUUUUAAUGGAAAUUUUACAGAAUGUCAAAUAUUUCUAAAAUUUCAUGAUAGAUCUUUAAGAAAGAAAACUAAAAAUAUGGUUUAGUUCUAUUUACUUCCUUAUUCUUCUUGCUUUUUUUUUUCCAAUGGAAGGCUGUAUUUGGAAAAUGCCAGAGCUUUGAUAUGAUAAAAACCCAGAAAUAGUUUUAUUGUGGUAUUGGAUAAGUGGCCUUAAAUAAGUCAUGUAGGUAGCAUCAGUAGGCUUCAGUUCCGUAGCUGUAAAAUGGUCAUUAUAAUGUACACAUACCUGGUGCAUCAUAGACUUAUUUUUCUCUCCCAGGAGUUAGUUUUUUGGGGAGAAUGUUAUGGGUUUUGGCAUGUUUUAGCGACUCUUUAUCUUCUUUCCUACCCCUCUCAUUCCUUCCUCAAAGAGGAGAAAUUAGCAUAUUUCACUAUGACAUUUAUGCAGGCAAUAAACAUUUAUGAAGUUUAAGUAGUGGGAAGGGAAUCUCUUUCUUCCACAAAGAAGAAGGAUUUUUCUCCAUACAUUUCUUGUGUAUCAUUGGCCACAAGUCUCUUAGUCUGAAUUAUAUAGUAUAUUUGCUCUGCAUUCAAAGCUGGCCCGUAGAGUGAAUAUAUAGAGCCUGUGAUUCCAAGAUAAUCUGGGAAUGGAUCAGGGUGAAAUUUUCUCCCUCUGUGUCUCAGAGAACUCAUUGCUUGCCUUCUCCCUGAGUUGGAAUGAGAGGUUUCAUUUGCAUUUUUAGUAAAUAUUGUCUGUCUUACUUGAGUAUAGCAUUUUAGAGUUGAUGUAGCACUUUCACAACUUAUAUUUGAGCCUCACGAUAUUGUGAGAUAGUUGUGGCAAAGUUUUAACUAUAACUUAUAUGGAAAAUUAAAAUUUACCUAAGUCACAUUAUAAAUGAAUUUUAUAUUUAUUAUACACAUAUUUAUUUAUUUACUUAUUUAUUUAUUUACUUCAACGCCCAUUUUAUUCUUCUGAGUUCCAUGAUCACUUUUGUUUAUAACCACUUGUCUUAUUCCAUUGUAAUUGAUGUCUCUUCCCUUCUUCAGGCUCUGUUCUCUCUCCAACCUAUUCUCUAACAUCUGCAUAUCAGUUUCUGUCAUGAUUUUUUCCUUUUAAAUUUUAAUUAGGUCAUUUUCAUGGUAACCAUCUCUCAGCCAUUCCCUUCAUGGCCCAUUUUUCAGUCACAGUAUUUACUGCAAGUCUGAGUAUGCAUUACAAAAUUAUUUUCUGGAUUUAGAUGUCAAUGUAUUUCUAUAUAAAUCAAAUGAUAAUGGGGAAUUUUUUGUUGGGUUUCCAUGAGACAUGUUCUUUUACUUUUCUAAAUUUUGUCACCAUGUUGUUCUGCUAGCAAACACUAUUCGUUGCUCUGAAACAUUCUACCCCAGUGCUGCUUGCAUGUAGAUGUUUGUGGAUGACAAUUAGAGCACUUUUGCAGUGCACUUUAUAAUUUGCCACUUUGAAAUGCAACUUUGCUAUCUGUUUUUUAAAUUGGUUGUGCUCAUUCAGUGAAAAAGCAAGAAGUAUAUACAUAAAUUUGUAAUUCAAAGAA